AUGGAGAAGCCAGUGUUGUCACGGAAGGAAGCUGUUGCGCAGCAGAAGGCACGGCUGUUGGACGCACUGAAGCGAAACGACGCAGAGGAAGUUUGGGAGAUCCUCCAUAGGACUGACAUAGACAUAGACACUGUAUUUGACGUAGAGGAUCGCAAUAUGAUCCUGGCGUCAUACAAACAAGGUUACUGGUUACCGGGUCACAAACUAGACUGUUCGUGGGCGAUGGGCAUCCAUGUAUGCAUGAUGUACAAUGCUGUGGACAGCGCUUUAGUCCUGCUACAGAAAGGGGCUGCGGUAAACAGGAAACCCAACGGGAAGACCCCACUGCACGUAGCAUGUGAGACUGCACAUCCUGAGUGCGUGGCUUUACUGCUGAGCCACGGAGCCAAGGUCAACAGCGUAGCACUCAGCGGCAAUAGCCCGCUGCACCACUGUAUCAAGCAUGAAUCGGCGAGCUGUGCCAAGCAGCUCAUACUCAAAGGGGCGAAUGUGAACAUGACUAGUCACAACAGUGAAGAGGAAACGCCACUGCAUACUGCUGCCCGCUAUGGCCUGCCCGAGCACACGGCACUGUACGCGUUGCAUGGUGCCGAUUUGAAUGCAAUGAACUCUCGAGGCGAAACCCCGCUCAUAACUGCUGCUUUCUGGGCAAUGUGCCCACGUGAACGCACAUACAGCUCUGAUCACCACCUGGUUUGUCGGAUACUGCUGGACUACGGCGCCAAACUCAAUUUGCAGGAAGAAGACAAGAAGAGCGCGUUGCACAAGGCCUCGUGGAACUGUGACCACACUCUAAUGCGUAUGCUGCUGGAGGCGGGUGCUGAUGCCCGUCUCAUGGACAUUAACGGCUGCGCGCCGAUUCAGUAUGUUCUUAAGACGACUCCUUUGCGGCCCAUGGCCACACCAGAGCUUUGCUACCAGGUGUUGCUUAACUAUGGCGCAGCAAGAGUCUACCCACCGCAGUUCCACAAGGUUUUGCAGUCAUGCCAUGACUACCCCAGGGCAGUGGAGGUUUUGGUCAACUCUUACGAGCGUCUCAAACCCACAAAGAAAUGGAGGGCGGCCAUUCCUGACAUCUGUUACGAGCAACAUAGGGAUUUCUAUGAUUCUUUGUUUGCCAUCUGCUCCAACACUCCACGCACUCUGCUGCAUCUGGCCAGAUGUGCGGUUCGUGCCACGAUGUUGACCCACUGUGAAGCUGCCGUCCAAAAACUCCCUGUCCCUCCUUCAGUCAAGAGAUACUUACUAUUGGACCCUGAGGGCAUCUUAUACUGA